AUGAAAGAAAAGCUGCGAAAAGUUUUUUGCUGCUGUGACUUUGCGCGGUCUGCGAGUGGUGCUGAAGAUAAAGGGGCUUUCCUGAAAAAAAGGCUUCAAGCCAAAUGCCUUGCCUUCCUUCUGAAGUGCUGCACGCCGCAGGAAACUGUGAUUCCCCCGGCGGAGUGGCGCAGGCUUUACGGCAAAUGGGCGCCGAUUGGAUCAGAAGGAGCGGAGGUCCUUUGUGAACUCCUUCUGAACCAACGGAAUGAAAGGGGAGCGGUUGAUGGCGGUCGACGGAUGUUGACAUUAGAUCUGCAAGGACUGCGAAUUGGGGAUGACGGCGUGCAAGCGCUCGUCCCGUUCAUUACUUGUGAUGAUGGGCUGGUGACUUUUACGCUGUCCGGCAAUGACAUCACGGACAAGGGUGUCAACAUAUUGCUGAAAGCUCUUCAGGCGAGUCCUUCGUCUGUGCGG